AGCGAGGAAAUGGUGCACAAUCCCCUCCCCCCCCCUCCCAGUCAAUUGGAAAUUGAAUACAGCGUGCUCAGCUAUUGACCUCUCAUAGUGAGAAUCUUAUUGGGUCUCCCCAUCUGUCCGUGACGUCUCUAGCUAGUGCUCUGUUUCUCUUACUGUGUUACUGUGUCGAUCAAUACUAUUUUUUGCGAACCAUUUUCAAAAUGCUCCUCGACUAUCUGUUACUCUUAAUAAUCACCGCCUUUUUAAUAAUUGCGGUAAUAAAAAUAAAACUUAAAAAAAAACCAUUCCAUUUGAGAAAACUAUCGCAUGUUGCAUUCAGAAAUGUAAUCAAUUCCAUGGAUAUUAUUAAUAAAGUAAUCGAUUUGGGACGAUGUAGAGAUUCACGCCUUUCGUGAUAUUUCUAGCACGGAGGUGGCUUUAAAAGUGAAGAAGAGUGGUGGAACGAAG